CUGCCCUCUGUCUAGGUGACGUCAGUGGCGGGAAAAAGUUUUAGUAGAGAGAGAGAUUGAGGCUCGAGUGUGCGUCUGGCAGCGGAAGGACAGUAAGGAAGGACAUCAUGACCAAGUAUUACACCCGUUUAAGAAGGCAACGUCUGUACAGCUGGUAUGGGAGACCUGUGAUAAAAGAUAGGAAAGUCUUGCAUCUUCAUUAUCAGGCACUUGUUAUGAAGUCAAGUGGAAUUGAGGAAGUCAAAAUAACUCCUGGAGACUUUGUUCUGAUUGAAGGUGACGACGAAGACCGACCUUUUGUGGCAAAACUGAAAGAACUUUAUGACGACGGUGCAGAAAAAAAUGCAAGCAAGCAUGCCAUCGUACAGUGGUUUCUGCGUUAUGAGGAAGUUCCCUAUAAGAAAAGGAAGUUGCUUGGGAGAGAUCCACAUCCCCAGGAGAUCUUCUUGUAUGAUGUCAGCGCCUGUGAAAAUGAUAUUGAUGCUGAGACCAUUAUCGGGUCUGUUCAGAUAAUGCAGCUAAAGCCUCAUGAUCCUUUUCCUGAAGAAAAUAAGUCUGGAAAUGUCCUAUAUGUCCAGUUAUCCUGGGAUGGGAAGACAUUCAAACCAGUGACCUCCAGUCUCUUGGAAAGUAAAGGGGGAAAUGCUGUGAAUAAUUAUGGCCCUGUAUCCGAUAAAACCUUACCGAGGCCCCAGUUCUUCUCAAUGGAGGGAGAUGUGGUUGAAACCAGACAGAUCACCCGCAGUGCAACCAAGGCACCAAAAAAUGAGGCCGAAAUAGAAUCUCGACAUUCCGCCUCAAAAAGUUCUCAUUGCAAAGAUAGAGGAGCACAGAGGAUAUCCAAUGGAACGGUCACCCCCGGAGCCAGGAAAAAGCUGCAUUUGAACAGCCCCCUAAAGUCUCAAAACAGGUUGCCGACCGAGAGAGAUUCUAUGUUGGUUGGUGAUAUCAAGGCUCUGGAACCAGCUGCUCCCAAACGUAGAGUUGCUUUUUCUGGACUCCCAGACUCCCCUCCGAAGAAGAUGCUGACAGAUGAAGACUUGUCUCUCGAUUCCUGCUUUUUUUCCCUCGAACCUUUACAGGACCAGUCGGGUACAAGAAUUCGUUUGAGGCUCACACCACGAAAACCUGCACCACCUGAAGAGGAAAACUCAAGGAAAUCUCAGACUGAAGUGAUCAAUGGUAGAAAACUUACAGAAAAGGUGAAGCCCAAAACGCCACAGAAACAGAAUUGCACGCCAAAGCAAGUUACCAACUCUUCUAAAAGGUCAACAGAAGGGCACGAUGAUGGGGAACCACAAACUCCACGUACACGCAGGAAGUCUGCACAAGUAUCUGCUGGUUUAAUCCGCAGACAGAUUAAGAUCCUAUCUGAGGGAGACCUUGAUGAUCUAGAUGAAGAUGCUGACUUUGUACCCCUCAAGGAGUCUGAGGUGUUUAGUAGCAGUGAAGAUGAUGAUGAAGAAGAAACAGUAGCGGAAAGGGAAGAUAAAAAGUCUCCAAAGAGAGCAGGAAAGAAAAGGGUGACCGUCCCUAGGACCCCAACAUCUUCUAGGAAAUCCUCAGCUAGGACACCAAAUAAAACUCCUGUUUCUAAAGGUCUUCAUAUUGCAACACCCAAAAUCCCAGAACGAAACCAGCCAAUACAGAAGCCUGCCAAUGUUCUGGAGGAGGCACGUAUCAGGCUUCACGUCUCUGCUGUUCCAGAAUCUCUGCCCUGCAGGGAGCAGGAGUACCAAGAUGUAUACAACUUUGUAGAAAGUAAACUGCUGGACGGAACUGGAGGCUGCAUGUACAUAUCUGGUGUGCCAGGCACGGGGAAAACUGCAACAGUACAUGAAGUGAUCCGCAGUCUGCAGACCGCUAUUGAGGAAGAUGAAUUACCCUCUUUCCAGUUCAUUGAAAUCAAUGGCAUGAAGUUGACAGACCCUCAUCAGGCCUAUGUGCAAAUUUUGAAGCUACUAACUGGACAGAAGGCUACUGCGGACCAUGCUGCGGCACUACUGGAGAAAAGAUUCAGUACACCAGCCUCAAAUAGGGAGACUGUCGUAUUGCUGGUAGAUGAGCUGGACUUGCUUUGGACCAGGAAGCAAAAUGUUAUGUACAGCCUGUUUGACUGGCCCACAAGAAAACAUGCAAAACUCAUUGUCCUUGCAAUUGCUAACACAAUGGAUCUGCCUGAAAGAAUAAUGAUGAAUCGUGUCGCCAGCAGGCUGGGUCUUACUCGAAUGUCCUUCCAGCCCUACACACAUAAACAGCUCCAACAGAUCAUAACCUCCAGGCUGAAUCAUGUCAAGGCUUUCGAGGAUGAUGCCAUCCAACUUGUUUCCAGGAAGGUGGCUGCUCUGUCUGGUGAUGCACGCCGAUGUCUGGACAUCUGUCGCAGAGCAACAGAGAUCUGUGAAUUCUCCAGCAAGAAGGGUGAAUUGUCUCUAGUGAAAAUGCCUCAUGUCAUACAGGCCCUGGACGAGAUGUUCUCUUCUGCCUAUGUCUUGGCAAUUAGGAGCGCUUCUCUGCAAGAACAGACAUUCCUAAAAGCAGUCAUUGCAGAAUUCAGAAGAUCUGGACUCGAAGAAGCCACAUUCCAACAGGUAUAUCAUCAGUACAUCGCACUAUGCAGGAUUGAGGGAGUGCAGCCGCCUUCCAUGUCAGAAACCAUGGCCGUGUGUUUACGACUCGGAGCCUCUCGACUUCUCCUGGUUGAAUCCAGCAGGAAUGACCUGCAUCUACGAGUGCGGAUCAAUGUCAGCCAGGACGAUAUCAUGUAUGCCCUCAAAGAGGAGUGAUCUGCUCAGAAACCAUUAUUAGUGUGUAUAUAUGUUUUAUUUCAGUAAGUUGUAUUUAACCAAAUUUUAUGGCUAUUUAUAAUAAAGAUUUGUA